AUGAAAUUCUUAAAACGAAAGAAAACCCACACAGAACCAUUGCCGAACAUUCGAGAGGGUUCUUCAGUCCAACAACAUGAAAACACUCAAGUCUUUUCAUCCGCUUAUAAAAAUAUGAUUCAAGAAUCGAUGGAUGCAACUGUUGCACCAUUGCUGUCAAGAGACAAUCCGGACGCUUCCGAACCCGUUAUUACGAACGAAACUGGGAAUACUACAGAACAAUCGAUGCAAUCAUACGACAAUACUUUGUCACAGUUUCAAUCACCCAUCAAUCUCACUUCUUCUUCUCAAAUUCAAGAAGAAACUCUUAUCCAACCUGACACAACCACCUUACUUGAUCAAAGGAAAAACAAUGAAAUAUUUUUGUUGAUUAAAGUGUUUUCCUUUAUUGGAUUUGUUUAUUUCGUUCAAGUAUGGAAAGGAUGGGAAUUUCUAUCACGAGUUCUAUCGUCAAUACUGCUUCUACUUUUCGGUUUUGCUGGAGGUUAUCUUUACUUGCUAAUUUCCAAUAUCAUCAAAGGUGUCACCAGUGGGACGUUGCAAGAAGUGAGUAGAGAAGGAGCAGAAAUUGCACAAAGGGCUUACCGAGAAACUAUUGAAAAAAGUGUUUCUCUUGAUCCCUGUUUGAAAGCAGCACAGAAAGCUUACAGUCAAUAUUGCAUGGAAAAUCAUGUAGCACCUUCCCGUUUAACGCCUUCAAAUACGGAUGAAAUGCAUCAAAGAAUAUGCGACGCGUUCACCGUGGCACUAUCUAACGAGAUAUUGCGCGUAAAUAAUCACAGACUGGAGCGAAGUUAAAUUUAGCAAAACGUGUAGGAAGCACUCACAUAUGAGUAAAUUAAAAGAAUAAAAGCCAGAAGAAUCGGCAACACAAAUAACAAAGUCUAAUGAAAGGAAAUGACAAUUUUGUUUUCCUCAUAGGGAGAAACAUUUAAGGCUCCAGCAUUUCUUACGUCACGUUUUAGUGAAAAAAAUCGUGUUUUCUAAUAUUCAAAUUUACAUUUAAAAAAUGAUCAUCAGAUUUUUACUUAUAGAAACUCCCAAGGAAUUUAGUGAAGAACAGCGAAAAACUUUUAUCACAAUCUUUUAAAAAGUUUGUAAAAAGUUUAGAGCAAAGAAAAUUUCAGUUGAAAAAAAAAAUUAUCGCAUAUAGCUUACGUGCUAGUGAAAUAAUAAUUUGAUAAUGUUUCGGUCGGAUGCAAUGACUUUACAAAUAAGCUGAUUUCCCUUUAUCUUGAUAGAAAUAUAGUUUGAAAAAUAAAGAUUUAAAUCAAAA